GAAGAUUCUUGCCCGGUUUUUGAUUUUGUUCUGGGGGGUUGAAAACAGAACCGAAAUUCCUCGUUAUCUCAUCUAAAUUGCCCCAUUCUCUUGAUUUAGGGGAUUUAGAUAAGAUCUCACCAACCAACAAGAUCUCACCAACCACGAUAUUCCACUUUAUACCCUCAAUCUCCCUUACUCCUCCGAUAUCCUUACAAAUCCUCCUUAACUCCCCUGUAAUCUCUCCAAAUCCUUCUUAAUCUUUCUAUACCCUAUGUUAAAUUGUGUUUAUGGUGAACUGUCCUUCCCCAUUUAAAUUAAAAAAUUAAUUUAUUUUCACUUUUAUGUGUGUUAGGGACAGGCGUGAGAGAAUACGUUCUGCCCCAGCAAGUGCCAAUGUUCAACGGAAUGAAAGUUCCGCGUUUAGUCCCGGUAAUAUUAUGGCCCCUAGCGGAACAGAAUAUCCAAUGUUUAUGAACAUUCCAACAACCCCUGCUGGCGGUCUAGCCGUUCCCUCACCGAAUGCUCAAUCUUAUGUUUACAAGGCCCCAGGUCUUUUGGUGGCUGCUCCACUUACUUCUAACAAUCAACAUCAAAACUCUACCGAUGCCUUAAACCAACAAUUAGGUACAAGUGACACAUCAACCACACAAAUGCCGAUAUCUCCAGAAUGUGAUUGUAGAUUAGGUAACAUUCCUUUACUUCAAUAUCCUGGCAGACAAUUUCAAAAUCAUUCCGAAUUAGGUCUUUCCAGUUCUAUACCUUAUGGAUUGUCUAAAGCUGGAAAGACGAAUCGACGUCAAAAACGAAGGCCCUAUUCAUAUUAUGGUGGGAUGAGCGUCGGAACCUUCGGAAUGAGUGUCUCUAGCCGCCGUGGCUUUUGUCUAACACUCUGGACCUGCAGAAGGUUGAAGUUAGUGUGCAGAGAAGGCUUUUAA